GAUGAGCCAAAAGCAGCUGAUUGCUUCAGUUUCCAUUUGAAAAGCCGCAGCGGAAUUAUUGUUAAAAUUCGAAUUACAAACGUAUUGUGUCGGAAUUUUUGGCCCGGGUUGAAUAAGUGAUAGUUUUUAGGUUCCAUACCAAGCAAGUUCGAAGUCAGCAUGAGUGCUUUCAUCAGAACAGUAGCCGCUGCAUGCGUGCGGUCACGUAUCACAGCUACGCAAAAGGUGGCACGUAGACCGUACAGCAGCAGUGGAUCGGUCGAACCUACCAAGGGAGCCCCAUCGUCGGGCAACAAACCUCCACCAACGACGUCGGCCGAAAGUGCCCACAUCAAUCCGGGUGCCCGAUCACACAUGCCCAACAACUUGGAAAAACGAAUGCUCGUUUUCACCAAGAAAUACAAAUCGAUUGAUGAGGUUCCCCGGUUUAUCAACCAAGAAGUGAUGGAACGUUGCCGCAAUCAGGUGCGCAUCAAAAUUGCCAACUACAUGAUGGUGGCCACGGCUCUGGGCUGUAUUCUGAUGAUCAUCAGUGGCAAAAGGGCCCUAGAGCGGGGCGAGUCGGUACAGAAGAUGAACCUGGAUUGGCACAAGGAGUAUAAUGAGCGUGCCAGGGCUGAGGAAGCUUCGGCCAAGAAAUAAGUGUCCCCACAAUUAAAUGGUAAGCGUGAUCCUUUGAUUCUUUUUCUGAUCUGUUUAGAAAUUGAAUGCGAAGUUGUAAAGUGAUAAUCAUAUGUAAUCAAAUGAGUUUUCAGUUUGGUUCGAUAAGGCGCUUCUGAUCCAAGCUGUGUUUUAAAGAAAAAAGUGUAUAAACGAAUGUCGAAUCUGUUA